AUGGAUCGCUACGUGGUUGCUCCCUUUUGGGGAACCCAAACCUCUUACCUGAAUUUCUGCGAAGAGGAUUAUGUAGUGACACGAUUCGUCGCGGAGUUUAUAAACACAUUCAGUAGCUUCGUGUUUAUAAUUUACGGUAUCUACGGCCUCAGAAAGCUCGCUCAAAAGCAGCAGUCUGGUGGCCUUCGAUCAAUCUCAUACUAUGGAUUGAUUGGAGUUGGCGUCUGCUCAGGAGGCUAUCAUAUGACUCUCAAAUAUCACACACAGAUGUCGGAUGAACUGUCGAUGCACCUUCUCACCACACCUCUUCUGUAUCGAAUUCUUAGUUUCAAUGCUAGUCCACAACGGACUAGGAUAGUCGGACUUAUCCUUCUUACCCUUUUCACUUUGGUGAUGGUGAUCCAUAUCGUCAUGGACGAAUUCAUCCUUCACGCUGUGAGUUUCGGGAUCGCAGUAUACCUGAUCGCGACCGAAAGUUUGAAAAUUAUCGCUCAACAAGUGCCAGAUCUUUUGAUCAGGAAAAAGAUCCGCAACAUCGCAUUCUUUGGUUCUUCUUCUUUCGCUUUUGGUUAUAUUGUGUGGCUAAUUGACGAUUGGGCCUGUGGGAUAUUGACCGAAACUCGGCACUUAGUUGGGCUGCCCCUGGCAUUCUUCACUGAGCUCCACGGCUGGUGGCAUAUCUUCACUGCCAUUGGCGGCUAUGUCGCGGUCGCAAUUGUGGACCUAGUUACGGCUGGUAAAGUGCACGAUGAUCCCACAAACGAUCUUGCUUGGCCCAUUGGUCCAGCAACACGAGCUCUGGAAUCUCUGAAAUCAUCAAAGAAGCAGGGAUAA